CCAAACACCCACCCUCCUGUUGUCCCCCCCCCCCCUCUCAUUACUAUCUCCCUUCAAAACCUGUGGCUAUUUUUCGUUCGUUUUUUUGUUAUAAAGCUUCCAAAGAAGCGUCUGCUGAUAUUCAUGUUACCUUGACGAUUCUUAGCUGCCUGACUGUGGCGUGCUCUUCCUCGGUGGUUCGGUAACCAAGCGAUGGCCAUGGUGAGUGGGGGCUGGGGAGAUCCCAAUGGCGGCACCAACGCUGGGGAAAAGGGCUACCUGAAGCGGGAGGAUGAGGACGGCUCUCCCCAGGCGGGAGGCAGCGACAUGGAGGCCGGGGAGGACGAUAAGGCUUGCGUUUUGGACUGUGUGGUGUGCGGCGACAAGUCGAGUGGGAAACAUUACGGCGUGUUCACCUGUGAAGGCUGUAAAAGCUUUUUCAAGAGAAGCGUACGACGUAACCUCAGCUACACGUGCAGGUCUAAUAGAGAGUGUCAGAUUGACCAGCACCACCGCAACCAGUGCCAAUACUGUCGUCUCAAGAAAUGUUUCCGAGUGGGCAUGCGCAAAGAAGCAGUUCAACGCGGCCGCAUCCCACCGCAGCCUAGUCUCAGCCCGACCCUCACGCCUAUAGGUGGCACCAGCGGCCUGGGAGGCAACGAAUUCUACAAUAACAACAACGGGGGGAGUGGCGGUCAGCCAGUUUCCGAGCUCAUCUCGCAGCUGUUGAGGGCCGAGCCGUACCCAAACAGCCGCUACGGGCACCAGUACAACCAGCAGGCUGGUCCCGAUAAUUCCAUGGGGAUUGAUAACAUCUGCGAACUUGCCGCCCGGCUUCUCUUCAGCACAGUAGAAUGGGCCAGAAAUAUUCCUUAUUUCCCUGAGCUGCCAGUGUCUGAUCAGGUGGCCCUGCUGAGGCUGAGCUGGAGCGAGCUGUUUAUCCUCAAUGCGGCCCAGUCGGCCUUGCCACUCCACAUGGCGCCCUUGUUGGCCGCUGCGGGCUUCCACUCGUCACCCAUGUCGGCGGAGCGCGUGGUAUCCUUCAUGGACCAGGUGAGGGUGUUCCAGGACCAGGUGGACAAACUGACCCGACUGCAGGUGGACUCCGCCGAGUAUAGCUGUCUCAAGGCCAUCGCGCUGUUCUCACCAGAUGCCUGCGGUCUGACAGAUGCAGUCCACGUGGAGUCUCUCCAGGAGAAGGCUCAGGUAGCUCUGACCGAGUACGAGAGGAUGCAGUACCCGAGUCAACCUCAGCGCUUCGGCCGCCUUCUCCUUCGCCUCCCCGCUCUACGCGCCGUACCCGCCAGCCUCAUCUCCCAACUCUUUUUCAUGCGCCUGGUGGGGAAGACCCCCAUUGAGACGCUCAUCCGAGACAUGCAGCUCUCCGGAAGCUCCAUCAGCUGGCCCUAUGUGCCUCUGUGAUUGGAAUUAUUUUUCCAACUGUGAUCCAUUAUGUCGGCGUUGCUGAGAAUUUGACAAUGCAGCAUCCUCGAUAAGGAUAGUACUGAUGGACAGAGCACACGGUUCUCUGGCGGGGUCUUCCCGUUGGAAGACUUGGAAGUCAUUUGGGCGGUGGGUGUGAAACAGUUCACGCUGAACAAAAUGAAGUAAAACCAAGGAAAAUUCACCAAAGUUCAUCCUCGGAUCAAUGCACAAAAACAGAGAAGAACACUAUCAUAGUCUCUUGUGUCUGCUUGAACGUUAGCUGGUCAAUGAUUUGUUCCCAGCAGUGACAAGAGACUAAUACCUCAUUUAACAUCAGGAUGCUUUCAUCUGAUAUUUAAAAUAAAAAAAGAAUUCUGUAAAUGUUCCACACCAGAAACCGCCUUCUUUUUUGACAACCGAUUUGUUAUUAGGUCUAGGACUCGUACAUGCAUCCUAAACAUUCAUCUUUGUUGCUUCUUUUCCAGAAUGCACAUAUUCAACAUUGGAACAAGCUCUGUCUGAAAGAGAAAUCUUUGUAACCAUUAUCUUAAUGCGUGUCAAUAAUAAGUUCAUAACAAACACCAGGAGCCCUAUUUUCAUGCCCAUCUAGCGUCAAGCGUAGUCUUAACUGUUUUGGAAUUGUCCUAGACUCGCACAGGCAGAAGAGGGCGUUUGCGCCGUUGUGGAAGAGCACACAGCCUCUUGACCAAUAGAAUCACAGAAGCAGAAAUUGACUACCUAGGGUCCGUCCAUGAGAUUAGGGCACCCAAGGAAAGUAUAUGUAGUCUGAACUGCAAGAUCUCCCCAUACGAAAGAUUUUGUCAGCCGUGUCUGUGAUGUGGUCAAUUGAAGACUGCCUUACACCCCCAGUCGUGCGUCUGUAUGGGACCCCACCAAGGGUGAUAAACUAUUUUAUGAAAGCUAAUAAUUUGUUCAGUUAAUUGAUUUCUCAAGGGAUUGUUCCACGCUGUUGUCAUAUUCAUGAAAUGCAAUGACCACAACGCUCACUGAGCUCAGAAUCCGUCUGCCUGCACCUCAGUCAAAUCCACCAAAGUUUCAUUCGACCACCUUCGCCACAACUUUGACCUACUUUUAGCUAGACUAAAAUUUGGUCACCAAAUUGCCUGAUGUGCCGGGGGCGUGCAAUAGAAUACGCCAGAAUGCCUAUGAAGGCAUAGUGCGGUCUACCAAAUUGAAAAGCACGCAAAACUAGACUUGUCCCGUCAGGAAAAUAAAGAUGCGCCCGUUUUUACGCCGAGCACAUGGGCACCAGUCUACGAAAAAUAGAGCUCAAUGGGUUUACAUGUUGGAGCUUUGUGUGUGUAAAUAUAUGGAAGCCAACUUUGAUUUCCUUUUGCAUGUUCUGUUUUGGAUCGCUUCUCAGUUGUAUCAUCCUUUGUGUACGUAAUUCCUUUAAAUAUCAGUGUUGCUAUCUCUGUUAGCUCCUCUUUUGUGUUUCUGUGUUUACAUAAAUACCUCUCUCUAAAGAUCCACGUUAUCACUAAAGACUGAGUGCUGUUGUACUUUGUACAUGAUGUGAGGUGACUGAGGAUUUUAAAAAAAACUGCACAAGAUUUUGAAUACCAAAAUGUCACAUGUCCACCACUUGGUGGGCUAAAGAAGGCCCCUGAUUCAGCAGCAGGACUUACCUCACACUAGUAGUUUUGAGACGCUUUGUUGUUGUAACGAAUAUCAAAUAUUUUAGAAGAAA